UAGUUGUCACCUGCACUGAAUUAGUUAGCUAUUUAGUCUGGUUCAAACCAAGGCUGCCAGAAAUGUGUGGCAACUGUGAUGAAGACAGUUAAAAUGAUGCACUAUCUCAGCCUUCCCAUGUUGAUUCUCAGCCUCCUGUCCAUCCUGCUACUGGGCCCUGGGUGCCGUGCGGCUGAUAUUCCAGAAGACCCCACGGCAGAGUUCUCAGUCAGACUGUACCACCACAUGCAGAGGGGGGAUGAGAACAUAAUCUUCUCCCCCCUGAGUGUGGCUCUGGCCCUGGGCAUGGUGGAGCUAGGGGCCCGCGGGGCCUCCCUCACAGAGAUACGCCAGGCUUUAGGCUUCAGCCGUCUACCAAAAGGUGCUGAAUUCCCUCUACUCCACAAACUGAUUGGAGUUCUGUCUGAGGAUGGCCACCACUAUGUCAUCCUGUUGGCAAACUCCCUCUUCCUGCAGAGCGGCAUGACCAUUAAACCAGACUUCCUGCAGCUGAUUAGGAAGUACUUCCAGGCUAAGGUGGAGAUGGUGGACUUCUGUAAAUCCUCUGCCGUGGCAGCGCAGCUCAAUGGCUGGGUGGAAAACCACACGAAGGGUAAAAUUCAUGACCUGUUUGAAGUUAAUGACUUCAGCUGUCAGACCCUGUUGACCCUGGUCAAUGCAGUGUAUUUUCGGGGCAGCUGGAAGAACCAGUUCAGGCUGAAAGAAACACGUCCCACCACCUUCAUCAAAGACAACGGGAGCAAAGUCCAGACACCCAUGAUGUACCAGAUGGGAGACUUCAACUACGGGGAGUUUGUUGACAGUUCGUCUGAGGCAGGUGGUACGUACCAGGUGUUAGAGAUGCCCUACCAGGGAGAGGAUAUGAGCAUGCUGAUAGUGUUGCCCAGGCAGGAGGUCUCCCUGGCAGCCCUGGAACCCAUCAUCGAAGCCCCUCUUCUGGAGGAGUGGGCCAGCAACAUCCAGAGGCAGGAGGUGGAGGUCUACCUGCCCAGGUUUAAGGUGGAGCAGAAGGUAGACCUGACACAAACUCUAAAGAAUCUGGGCAUCAAGAAAAUAUUCACAGACUACGCUGAUUUGUCUGCAAUGACCACAGAUGGAAACAAACCAUUUAUUAGGAAGGCAGUGCAUAAGGCCUACCUGGAUGUUACAGAAGAGGGCGCAGAAGGAGCUGCUGCAACAGGAGUAUUAGGUGACCGCAUGGCAAUACCCUUACCUCCAGUGACGCGUCCUACCUUCAAGGCUGAUCACCCCUUCUUCUUUGUCAUUAGAAACCGGAGGAUAGGUUCUAUCCUUUUCAUGGGAAGGGUCAUGACACCAGAGGUGGUCAGACCUUGAGUCCAUGGACCCUGAACAAUUACCAAUGGGAUUCCAGUGGCAUUGAUGACAUGCUCAACACCUAUGCAAUAAAUGCAACUUCUCUUUUC